AUGGCAAGAUGGCGACGACCCAGCGGAAAGCCGCGGAAGCCAGUGAACACACUUCCGGCCCCGCCCCCCGGCCGUGGCGCACUUCCCACCCCGCCCCGCGGGUACGGCGGCGCGCUACGCCGUUGCCAUGGCAGCGGUCUGGGCGCGCUGCUAAGGGUUUCGAGGGAUCCCAGGAGCCGCAGGUGCUCUGGGGGAAGUUCUGUGAGCCGGCCAGACACAGAGCUGAGGCUGCGACGCCGGAGACAGGGAUGGGAGGGCCGCUUGCGGCCAGCCCUGCACCUGAACCAGGAAGUCAAGAGCCAAAAAGCAAGGCAUCUGCACAAGCCCCAGACCUCAGAGCCUAGUGUGAGAGGUAGACAUAGUCAGUCACUCCAGCUUCAUGGGCAAACAUCUGUGAGAGCCCCAGGAGCUGUGGGGAUGGCACACCUGCUAGGCGGCCAGGCCUGCAUGGACAGUCUGCGCAAGGACCUUACCGACCUACAGGGCACCAUUGUGGAUGUGUUCUCCCGCGCUGGGCCUGUGCGCUUCCCGUCCUGGAAGUUCCCGGACCGUGUGGCCUGUGACCUUGACAUGGUGGCCCUUCUGGAGCACUAUGACCACGUGCCAGGUGACCCUGAGUUCACACAGUUGUCCCAUGCUGUGCUGCUGGAGCUGGUCAUUGACAGACUCCUGCUGCUGCUUCAGAGCUGUGCCAGCUACCUGGAAAACCUCAGUUUGGAUCAGAUGAUGCCUCCUGCCCGAGUUGCAGGGCCAUGCAUGUCUGUGGGCCUCACAGUACGGCGCUUCUGGAACAACCUGCUGAGGCUGGGCAUGCUGUACCAGCAGGCAGUGCCCCAGAAAAGAGCAAACCAAGGGGAGAUUCCCAUCAGCAAGCCCACGGCUAAGGGUGAACCAGCCAGGAGCCCUGAAUGCAUGACUGCCAAAUUCAUCAAGCCUCCUUCCCCAGUGCCAGGCUUGCCCUUGAUCUGCCAAGGGCUGCAAAGCAUCCCUGUCAGAGUCUCCUUGCGGGGCACAGCUGGGACCACCGAGAAAACCAAGAGCGUUCACUCCCAGACCAUCGAGACAGCCUUGGUGCCCUGUGAUGCUUGCACCAGUGUCCAGGGCAGCUUGUGGGAGGUGGGCAAGGUGGUCAUCAGCCUGUGUCAGAGCCAGAACUUGCCUUCGUCCUUGGGCCAGUUCCAGAAGCUGGUGCAGGACAGCAUGGGGCUCAAACCACUGCCAGCUGCCACCAUAGGCCACUGGGCAGCAGAACAGAGUAAAGAUCUGACUUGUCUCAAUAAGCACGUGAGGGCCCUCACCCAACUUGUUGGGCCCCUCAGGGCCCAGCUGGAAGAGGCUGAGGGCCAGAAGGACGGGCUGAGGAAGCAAGUGGGCAAACUGGAGCAGGCUCUGCGGCAGGAGAAAGAAGAACGGCAGCGGCAGACGGAGGAGGCUGAGCGGAGCCUGGCCGAGUGCGAGCGUGACAGGCAACAGCUAAUCACAGAAACGUGUGACCUAAAGGCAAAGGUGACCAAACUGGAGGGAGACCUGAAGCAGCAGCAGAAGUCCACGCAGGCCAUGGUGGCAAAGACCCAACAGCUGGAGGAGGAAGGUGAGCGGAGGGCAGCAGCUGAGAGGCAAGUGCAGCAGCUGGAGGAGCAAGUGCAGCUGCUGGCAGGGCGGCUGGAUGGGGCUGGGCAGCAGAUCCGCUGGGCCAGCACAGAGCUGGACAAAGAGAAGGCCCGAGUCGACAGCAUGGUCCGUCAUCAGGAGUCCCUGCAGGCCAAGCAGAGGACUCUGCUCCAGCAGCUGGACAGUCUGGACCAGGAGCGGGAAGAGCUGCGGGGAAGUCUGGAUGAGGCUGAGGCCCAGCGGGCUGAGUUGGAGGAGCAGCUGCAGAGCCUCCAGAGCGACAGGGAACAGGGGCAGUGCCAGCUACAGGCACAGCAGGAACUACUGCAGAGCCUGCAGCGGGAGAAACAGGAGCUGGAGCAGGUAACUACAGACCUGCAGCUGACUGUCUCGGAGCUGCAACUGGAGUUAAAGGAACUAAAGGAGCGGGAGCGACUGCUGGUGGCCUUCCCAGACCUGCACCAGCCCACAGAGGCCCAGAUCCAAAGCUCCGGCAAUGUCACCCAUGACAUGGAGAGACAAGUGCAAGCCAAUGGCAUCCGCAUCCAGGUCCUACAGGAAGAGAACAGGCGGCUCCAAUCAAUGCUGACCAAAAUCCAAGAGGUGGCCCAACAGGGAAGCCUCAAAAUGAUCCCACAGGGCCAGCUCUGGUCCCCUCCCUACAAGGACACCCAGGGAGAGGUACCCCCAGCCCAAGCACAGAAUACAUCUCCAGGGCCCAUGGGCAGACGGCAGUCUCCUGGCAGCAGGAUGAGCAGUACAAGCAGGAACCAUCCAGGAGGGUCCCGAGCAUCCCCCUCUAGGCAGCCCUGCAGCUGGCCCAGCAAGUCCUCUUUGGAAGACAGAACCCAUUCAGCCACCUGCACCCAGAACCCCAUCCGGGCCUUGGCCAGGCUCAGGAGGAAACUCUCACCAAACCGAGGUCAAGCUGGCUCUACAUACCAACCCCAGGAACGACCCACCUAACCUGAAGCAGGGGUAGGGCUGGAGGGCAGGCGGCUAGCAACCCCCAUGGAAUAAAAGCCCCAGCCAUCUGCCCACAGUGAUCUUGGCCUCAGCGUGGCUGAGCUGGGGGAACAGACCUUC